AUGGCUUUAAAAAUUCUGAAGAACACGCAGGAAGAGGUGACCUGCCCCAUCUGCCUAGAGCUUCUGACAGAAUCCCUGAGUCUAGGCUGUGGCCACAGCUUCUGUCAAGCCUGCAUCACUGCAAAGAACAAGGAGGCAGAAAUCAGCCCAGGAGGGGAAAGCAGCUGUCCUGUGUGUGGUAUCAGAUACUCACCUGGAAAUCUAUGGCCAAAUCAACAUCUGGCCAACAUAGUGGAGAGACUCAGAGAGGUCACGUUGAGCCCAGAGGAAGAGAAGAGAAAUCUCUGCAUGCGCCACGAGGAGAAACUCCUGCUCUUCUGUAAGGAGGAUAGAGAGGUCAUUUGUUGGCUUUGUGAACGGUCUCAGGAGCACCGUGGUCACCACACAUUCCUCAUGGAGGAGGCAGUCAAGGAAUGUCAGGAGAGGCUCCAAGUGGCUCUGGAGAGGCUCAGGAAAGAGCAGCAGGAAGCCGAGAAGUUGGAAGCUGACAUCAGAAAAGAGAGAACUACCUGGAAGUAUCAUAUACAGACUGAGAGACAAAGGAUACAAACAGAAUUUAAUCAGCUUAGAAGCAUCCUGGACAGUGAGGAGAAGAUAGAACUGCAAAAAUUGGAGGAAGAAGGAAAGAAGACACUGGAUAAGUUGGCUGAGGCUGAGGAUGAGCUGGUUCAGCAGAACCAGUUGGUGAAAGAGCUCAUCUCAGAUCUGGAGCGUCGCAGUGAAUGGUCAACAAUGGAGAUGCUGCAGGACAUGAGUGGAAUCAUGAAAUGGAGUGAGAUCUGGAAGCUGAAGAAGCCAAAAACUACUUCCAAGAAACUGAAGAGUGUGUUCCGUGCUCCAGAUCUGAGGGGAAUGCUGCACAUGUUUAGAGAGCUAACACAUGUCCAGUGCCACUGGGUGGAUAUCAUACUGAGUCCAGUCAACCUAAAUUUGAAUCUUGUACUUUCAGAAGAUCAGAGACAAGUGAUGUCUGUGCCAAUUUGGCCUGUUGAGUAUUAUAAUUAUGGUGUCUUGGGCUCCCGAUAUUUCUCCUCAGGGAAACAUUACUGGGAAAUAGAUGUGUCCAAGAAGACCGCCUGGAUCCUGGGGGUAUACUGUAGAAAAUGUUACCGUAAUACAAAGUUUGAUGUUAGGCGAGCCACAAAUCAUCAAAAUGUUUACUCCAGAUACAGACCUCAAUAUGGCUACUGGGUUAUAGGAUUACAGAAUGAAUCGGAGUACAAUGCCUUUGAAGACUCUACCACCUCUGAUCCCAAGGUGUUGACUCUUUCCAUGGCUGUUCCUCCCCAUCGUGUUGGAGUUUUCCUAGACUAUGAAGCAGGCACUGUCUCAUUUUUCAAUGUCACAAACCAUGGGUCACUUAUCUACAAGUUCUCUAAAUGUCCCUUUUCUCAGAUAGCUUAUCCAUAUUUCAAUCCUUGGAACUGUCCAGCUCCCCUGACACUGUGCCCACCGAGCUUCUGAACCUUCUGUUUUCCUCGCCCACUUCUUGUAGUGCCCCCUGUCUUUGGUUUCAUGUCUAUAAUUUAGCUCAUCUGCAUCAUCUUUUCCUUGUUGUUUCCUUUUUAACUUUAGAACUUUUACUCAUCUUUGGGAUGUACAGUGUAUCUAGUUAGAGUUAGGAGAGAUGCUUAUUUACCACUUACCCUUUUUUUGUGUUCUCAAUUCCUCCUAAAGACAGAGCAGUAUUGAUACAACAUGUUUUCCCUCCCAUAUCUCCAUAUUUUCCUUUAUUUCUGAUCUGAGGAGACACGGGAAAGCCUCUCUGCCACCCUCCACGUUAUCUAGGACAGUCCAUAAUCACCUCCCACCCACCAACAACGACUAAGGAGUCUUUGAGUGUAUGUUUGUUUGUUGCCUAUGAUACAGCAGUUCCAUCAGAGAGUCAAUGAAAGGAAAACAUAAGCCAUACAUGUACCCAGAGUGAAGAUUUUAUGUUCAGAGUGUUUGAUUUCAAAUCUUGCCUCUUCUUUUACAAGACCUGUAAUAAUAAAUAAAUUCUGGGUUUCUUUUUUAUAAAAUACAAGUUAGGAUUUAAAACUCCACCUAACUCUUAGAUUGUUGUGUAGAACUAAGUGUCAUUCAAUGUAAAACAGCUAUUUAAGUGUCCUGCACAAUAUAAUAAAUAUUUUCCCUCAUGAUUA